AUGGCUAAGCAGGAAAAUGCUGGGACGGUCGGCGUCACAGACGACAAACCGGACUACUGGCUCAAUCGCAACUUCCUCGCCUCCGCCCGACUGACAUGCCAACAUGACCUCAUCAUCGACCGCGUCGGCUACCUCUUAAACCCAGGCAUCGCCGAGGCCACCGGUCUCACCACCAGCUCGUCCACAGCCAAUGUCGCUCCCACUGAACCACUCCAAAUCCUUGACCUGGGAACUGGCAACGGCAUCUGGGCUAUGCGCCUCGCCUCUUCACUCGCAAACACACCCAACAGCCGUCCAGUGCACAUAACAGGCCUCGAUAUCUCUUCCGAGAUGUUCCCCAACCCCCUAUCCCUUCCCCCAAACGUCACCUUCGCAACCUACGACUUCUUCCAGCCACCACCCACCGAAUACCUCUCCAAAUUCGACAUAAUCCACAUCCGCUUCAUCAACCCCGUGCUCUGGCCGAAACCUGACUUCCGCGUCACAGCCAUCAGAAACUUCACCGCCAUGCUCAAACCCAACGGCUGGCUACAGUGGACAGAGCCGCGCGUGCCCGCGAUCGCGGAUGUGACUUUCGACGACCAAGGGAACGCCAGCAUCUCAGAAGGACUAAACGAGUUCCAUAGCCUGCUCGAUUCAAUCGUGCCUGUGCAGACGAACUCGCGCUGGACAGCGUCGAUGGAUAAGUUCUGUUUGGACAACGGGUACGCCGAGGCGAAGCUGGAACAUCGAGGGCUUGCCGAAUUUGUUGAAGCGUUGCCGGAGGGAGAGAAGAAGGAGAAGCUGGGUCAGGCGAUGGAGAAGGAAUUGGCGGCUAUGGAUGCUGGGACCAGGUCGAAGACGGGAAAUUAUGUAUGCGUGGUGGCGAGGAAGGGCGUCUGA